ACUCUUACACUCUCCCCUUAGCUUCAUUUUUCCUUGUCUCUCUCUCAAUGGCUUUCGCCAUGGAAAUAUCAACAAUGGCGCAAGCCAUGCAGCUCCAUGCCCGAAUAGUCAAAUCGGGUCCUGAAGACCAAACCCAUUUCCAAAAUCUCAGCAAACUCUUCACUUUCUCUGCUCUUUCUCCUUCCGGUGACCUCACCUACGCCCGCCAUAUCUUAACCAAUCUCCCAACCCCAAAUUCAUACUACUACAACACCAUGAUUCGUGCAUAUUCGGAUUCUCCAGACCCGACCCGAUCCAUCAACCUCUUCCUCUCUAUGCACUGCAGAGAAGAACCCGGGGUUGUACCCGGACCCGAUAAGUUUACUUACCCGUUUGUACUGAAAGCUUGCUCGAAGUUACGGAAUAUCCAGAUGGGGAAACAGAUUCAUGGGUUGAUUUUGAAAUCGGGUUUGAUAUCGGAUCGUUAUGUGAACAAUGCCCUUAUCCAUAUGUAUGCAGGUUGUAGUAAUUCGGGUCUUGCUUUGAAGGUGUUUGAUGAAAUGUCUGAGAGAGAUGUUGUUUCUUGGACUUCAAUGAUUGAUGGUUUUGUUGAUAAUAAUAGACCUAUUGAAGCUAUUAAGCUGUUUGAGGUGAUGAUGGAGAAUGGCGUGGAUCCGAAUGAAGCUACUCUCGUUUCAGUUUUGAGAGCUUGUGCUGAUACUGGAGCUUUAAGUAUUGGGAGGAAAGUUCAUAGCUUAGUUAAGGAGAGAACUCUUAGUACGAAGGCUAAUGUUGGCACUGCCCUUAUUGACAUGUACGCGAAAUGUGGGUGUAUAGAUGAUGCAAGACGAGUGUUUAAUGAAACAAAGGAUAAGGAUGUUUAUGCUUGGACAGCAAUGAUAUCUGGUCUAGCAAGUCAUGGGCUAUCGGAAGAGGCUAUGGAACAUUUUGAGUUGAUGAAGAGUUGUAGUGUAAAACCGGAUGAAAGAACGAUGACUGCUGUUUUAUCAGCUUGUAGGAAUGCUGGUUGGAUUGGUAAAGGAUUGUAUCAUAUAAGGAGUAUGAAGAAGUAUAAGAUAAGACCGACAAUUCAGCAUUAUGGAUGCAUUGUAGACACUUUUGUGCGUGCUGGACAGUUAGAGGAGGCAGAGCAGUUUAUCAGGAAGAUGAUGCCAAUUGAUCCUGAUGUAGUGAUGUGGAGGACGUUGUUAUGGGGUUGUAAAGUUCACGGAGAUGUUGAAAGGAGUGAACGCUUAGUAAAGGAUGUUGAACUUUUGAAAAUGGACUCUCGUGAUUGUGGGAGUUAUGUACUUCUUGGGAACGUCUAUGCAGCCACAGGGAAUUGGAAGGAGAAGGCGACAAUGAGAGAGUUGAUGAAUCAAAGAGGGUUAGUGAAGACACCGGGGUCUAGCAGGAUUGAGAUUGAUGGCAACGUCCAUGAAUUUACAGCUGGAGACUCCAGACAUGUUGAAGCAGAGAAUAUCUACGAAAAAUUGGAUGAAAUGGAACAAAAUGUUAGAAGAGAAGGUUAUGAUCCUAAAAUUUCCGAGGUAUUACUUGAAAUAGAUGAUGACGAGAAAGCAUCUCAGCUUCUCCACCACAGUGAGAAACUCGCGGUGUCCUUUGGACUUAUCAGAACUAAUCCAGGAACUGUUAUUAGGAUAGUGAAGAACCUAAGGUCUUGCGAGGACUGUCAUUUUUUCAUGAAACUAAUCUCAAAGUUAUACCAAAGAGAGAUCAUCAUUAGGGAUCGUAUCCGUUACCAUCAUUUCAAGGAUGGUGAAUGUUCUUGUGGAGAUAGAUGGUGAUUGUAGUUGCCGUUGAGAAAAUGUACCAACAGUUUGUUUUUCACAAUUUUGAAGGACUCGAUCUUGAACUUUCUGCAACUGUUGUGUGUUGCAUCAAUGACGGAGACCUCUGAUUAAGAAUGAAGGAGUACUUACCACUCCACCAUAAUCCUUGUUGAUGUUAAAGAAAUGCUCCUUUUGUCAUUUGACCAUACAGCAGUAAUUGGUACUGGUUACCUGCCUUCUUCAAAGUUCUGUUAUCAAUUCUUUUCCUUUAAACAGCUGCAUUUAAGAUAGUAACUUCCAUGGUUUCUAACAACAAUAAUAAAGAGAAUUAUUUA